UGCGCGUAAGUCAGUCGCUCACCCUGGCGAUCCGCUGAGGGCCGGCCGUCGUGUGUCUCUUGUUACUUAGACCCGCCAGAAAUGGAGUGAAUUCGGCGCGGGGUUUUCCCGCUGUGUUCGAAAACUUUGUGUGGGUCGCGUCACGCAGGAUGAGUGAUGUUAUAGUGCCAGAUGCAUCGUGUGUGUUUAAGUGUAUGUAAUGAGUGCACGAGAAACAAGCUUGCAGAAUGAAUCCAGCACACCAGGACAGAAUGUGACACAAGUUAUUCAGGCUGCUGGGGGUAAUGCUCCCAGCAGCAGUAGCAACAAUGUCAGUGGAGGCAUGGAGUCUCAGUUGGCCCAGCAACUCAUGAGUCCGGUAAAGGGGUCCAGCUUGGGGUCGGGUGAGGGAGAGCUGGUGAGGUUAUCAGAUCCACGCAGCUUACAUUCCUAUACACCGCACACCUCACCCAUCCCAUCUGGCCAUGCAACCCCUGUGGCAGCAGAGGUUACCCCCAACACCACCCCUUCCUCCUCUCCCCGGAGACCGCUACCCAGUGUGUCUCUGGAACCUCCAGCCAAACGGAUAAAAGUGGAGGAAAAACCCACUAAUAUCUUAGAACUCAGAAAUCUCAUUAUUGAUUGGAAGAAGGUUAAACUGGAGAGUGUUAAGGAUAAGUACAAUGACCAUUUGGUGGAAAAAUUCUUUCUGGAGAAUGAUGGCAACAUGAUGGACUUCCAGUCAUGGUGUAAGAGGCCAACUCCGGAGCUGCUUCAGUACAUUCGUCAAAACAAACUGGAAGGGGAUGAGUCUCUGGAAGCUAAGUACACCAUCCCAAAUCCUCUGCAGCUUUCAUCAAGCAUUCAGGUCAAAAGUGAGCCUCAAACUGAUUCUCAGUCUCCAUCAAAAUCUGGGCUAAGCUUGACUAGCAGAGGGUCAUCCUCUCCAGUUAAGCCUAGUAAGGGCAUGGCCUGUCCUGGUGUUGCAGCAAGACAAAAGACUCCGUCUACAAGUGAAGCAGCCCCAAGUUCAACCCAGCAAGAUCAGAUGGUUGAGAAGGCAAGACAAGAAGCGUAUGUUAUGCAACGUAUUGCUGCCUUGAGAAAAGAAGGACUGUGGCCAGAGAAACGUUUACCAAAAGUUCAGGAGCCUCCAAGGGCAAAGGCCCACUGGGACUAUUUACUUGAGGAAAUGGUGUGGCUCAGUGCUGACUUCGCUCAAGAAAGAAAAUGGAAAAAAGCAGCUGCCAAAAAGUGUGCUCGAAUGGUUCAGAAAUAUUUCCAGGAUAAAGCAUUACAGGCACAAAAAGCUGAAAAGGAACAGGAAAUGAGAACUAGGAAAAUUGCAGCAUUUAUAGCGAAGGAAAUUAGGACCUUCUGGGGCAACGUAGAAAAAUUAGUUGAAUAUAAAGUAACAACCAAAUUAGAUGAGAAGAAAAAGAAGGCACUGGACCAGCAGCUUAGUUUUAUUGUAGAUCAGACAGAGAGGUAUUCCUCAUGGUUAGCUGAGAGUAUGAACAAACCUGUGGACUCAACAGCUGCUUCCACUCGCUCUAAUUCACCGUCACGAGACAGUCGUGUAUCUGAUGAGGAAUUUCAGCCAGUGGAAUCAUCUGAUGAUGAUGAGGGCACUAUAGCGAGAGAGGAUGACAACCCUGAGGAGCAGGCCUCCGAGCUUCAGCUGCUACAAGAGGAAUCCAAGCAGACCAUCGAGGACCUGCUGAAGGAGCUCCCACCGGGCUACCUGGACCGUGAUAGUGACACCUCCAGUUGUAGUGGUGAUGCGGAACAGCCUGAGGCCCUGGAGGCUUCAGAUGCUGCAGUGCAAUGGAUAGCGUUGGUGAAAGAAAAACUGUUAAAGAUAUUAGAAAGAGGAAAGUGAAAUUAAAGACAAGUGGGGGUGAGGGCACAUCAAAGAAAGAAGUUGAUAAAGAUUUUGAGGUGGAGGAAUCAGAGGAUGAUGAUGAAAAUACAAUUGAAGAGCAAGAGGAGAAAGAAGGGGAAGUUAACCAUCAAGAAGAGUUGGACGAUUUGCAGGCUGAAAAUGAAAUGUCAGUUGAAGAGUUGAGAAGAAAAUAUGCAGAAUUAGCAGCCAGUGCUGAACCAAUGGAGGAAGACAUCGACAACGAAAGUUCAGAAGUUGAAGGAGAGGAGGAAGAACUGCAUGAAGAUUCUGACAGGGAUGAAGAGUGUAGUGAAGAAGGGGAAGAAACUCCUAGUGAUGAGGAGGAGGAGGAUCUUGGCCUUGGCCUGGCAACACUCAUGGAUGAGAAUUUCGAGACCAAGGACAAGGAUACCAAGGGUGACAGCGAGAAGGCAGACAAGGAGCUCCAGGAUGCCUCGGCAGUGGCAGAAGCCCUUCAGCCCAAAGGCUUCACCCUUUCUUCCACUUCUGUGACUACACCCAUUCCUUUCCUGUUGAAGCACAUGCUGAGAGAGUACCAACAUGUAGGCUUGGACUGGUUAACAACUAUGUAUGAAAAGAAGUUAAAUGGUAUUCUUGCCGAUGAGAUGGGUCUUGGUAAAACCAUUCAGACCAUAUCUCUCUUGGCCCACCUCGCUUGUGAGAAGGGUAAUUGGGGGCCACAUCUGAUUGUUGUCCCCACCUCCGUCAUGCUCAACUGGGAAAUGGAGUUUAAGAAAUGGUGCCCGGCUUUCAAGAUCCUCACCUACUAUGGCACGCAGAAAGAGCGGAAGAUGAAGAGACAAGGUUGGACAAAGCCAAAUGCAUUCCAUAUUUGUAUUACUUCCUACAAGCUGGUGAUCCAGGACCAUCAGAGUUUCAGAAGAAAAAAGUGGAAAUACUUUAUCCUUGAUGAAGCUCAGAACAUUAAGAAUUUCAAGUCGCAACGAUGGCAGUUACUAUUAAAUUUUCAAAGCCAAAGACGUUUAUUGCUGACGGGAACGCCCCUCCAAAAUAACCUAAUGGAGUUGUGGUCCUUGAUGCAUUUCCUGAUGCCCAAUGUGUUCGCCUCGCAUCGAGAGUUCCGGGAAUGGUUUUCCAACCCUGUGACUGGUAUGAUUGAAGGCAAUAAGGAGUACAAUGACAGCAUCAUUAAGAGAUUACACAAGGUGCUGAGACCAUUCAUAUUGAGGAGAUUAAAGACUGAAGUAGAACAGCAGAUGCCGAAGAAGUUUGAACAUGUUGUAAUGUGCAGACUGUCCAAACGGCAACGGUACCUCUAUGAAGAAUUCAUGUCAAGAACCAAAACUAAGGAGACUUUGGCAUCAGGCAAUUUUCUGAGUGUGAUAAAUGUGCUAAUGCAGCUACGUAAGGUUUGCAAUCAUCCUAACUUGUUUGAACCACGUCCAACUGUAUCGCCCUUCAUGAUGGAGGGUCUUCUAUACAGAGCCCCAUCCAUAGUGUGGGGGAUUACUGACUACGAUCCAUUUAAGCAUGUAGACCUAUUCAGCUUAAAUUUACUUCUUGCUGACCUAGAGCUAUGCCUAACAGCAUUUGCUGCACAUCGCAUUCGCAAGUUCCAAGCAUCCAAAAGACUCAUUGAAGAAAUAGACUCUGCCCCAGACCCUCCACCAAAGUGUCCAGCUGGUAAAAUCAAGCUCCACGUUCGGCCAUCUAGUCAAAGUGUGCCUAAGCCAGGAGGUUCUCCUGUGACCACUCCUAGAGCACCAACUCCUGUAGGGACUGUGCGAGCACCAUUGCAGCAAGCUCCUGCAGUAGCAGCAGCACCUGCUUCUGUGCCAGGUGGAGGCAUGAGGUUCCAGCUGGUGCAGCAAGGAGGUACAAUAAAAGCCAUCCAGGUUGCACCAGGCACAGGCAGCAGUGGAAUGAUGGUGCAACAGACACCCCAGGGACCACGUUUGGUCAUGCCACAAAGAGUGGGCAUUAGUAACCCUGCUGGUGCUGCCACUGUGGGUGGAGCACCAACAGUUGCUGGUACGUCAGCAGUUGGAGGACUUCAGCUUCUACAAACCUCAUCAGGUCAGCUGUUAUUAACAACAGCUCCUGUACAAAAGCCAGUGAACCAAACAAUGUCUCAAGGUGUCAGUGGAACAGCAGCAGCAGCACUGUUACAGCGUCUGCAAGGAUUAAAAGGCUUGCAAGGUUCAAUGAUAACAACAGGUGCAGGAGGUCGACCUGUCUUGAGAUUACCACUACCUACAAACACUCUGAGACCACAGACUCAGGUUUUGGGCACUGUUCCUAAUCCUGGAGCAGCACCAGCAGUGGGAGGGACAACAGCAGUACGUCCUCCUACAACUCCUGUGCAAAGUACACCUACUGCAAGUCCUGUGAGGCCUGGACCCUCAUCCCCAGCACCACGGGCAUCGACAGCCAAUUCAACCCCAAGCACCACGCCCACCAAGGUCAUGACGAGGGUUGAACAGCGGGAGCUAGAACGCCUAGAAGAAAAGAGAAAAGAUGAAGAGAGAAAAAGAAGCUUGUUUUUCCUUAAUGAUCUGGAUGAAAGAAAGCGAAAGAACAGAAAGGAUAAACUGUCGCUCAUUUCCAAACUAAACACCCGCCGCUGCCAUGCAUGCCCCAUUUAUGGGUCAGAUCUGAUUGAGGCAGUCAAUGUCAUUGGGAAUAUUCAGGGAUUGGCAUUGAGCACAGAAUGGUGUGGCCAAGGGAUGGUCCAUUGUCAGCAUGCAACUAUGGUCAAUCCAAGAUAUUAUUGGUCCCAGACUCAGUCACUUCACAUGAUGGUGAAUACUCCUGUGACCUAUCUUCAGAAGCUGAAGGAUAUGACAGACAGAUAUGUGUUCUGUAUUCCGUCAGUGGUCGCGCCGUACCCUCAGAUGAGAAUGAGUCAUCCACAGCCUUCCAAACUGUGGAUGGAUGAGCGAAUGAAGGUGAUCAUGAAGAAUGGGUUAGGGCCGAGAAUGUCACCGUUGCAUCAUAUCAUGAAUGCUUCCGUUACACAAUUCCCUGAUCCCAGACUUAUUCAGUAUGACUGCGGUAAGCUGCAGACUCUAGAUCGCCUUCUACGUCAGCUAAAGUCUGGGAGUCAUAGAGUCUUGAUAUUUACACAAAUGACAAAAAUGCUGGACGUUUUUGAAGCCUUCCUCAAUUACCAUGGACACCUGUAUUUGAGAUUAGAUGGCACAACAAGAGUUGACCAGAGACAGGUUUUGAUGGAGAGGUUCAAUCAAGACAAACGCAUCUUUGCUUUCAUUUUGUCAACUCGGUCUGGAGGUAUUGGUGUGAAUCUCACUGGUGCAGACACGGUCAUAUUUUAUGACUCAGAUUGGAAUCCAACCAUGGAUGCUCAGGCUCAAGACAGAUGUCAUCGUAUUGGACAAACCAGAGAUGUGCACAUCUAUAGACUCAUAUCGGAAAAGACCAUCGAAGAGAACAUCUUGAAGAAAGCCAAUCAAAAGCGCCUUCUUGGUGAUCUCGCAAUUGAAGGUGGCAACUUCACUACAGCACAUUUCAAGAGGUCUACCAUCCAGGAUCUCUUCGAUGUUAAUGUUGCUGAACAUGAUGCAUCAAAGAGAAUGUCAGAAGUCCUAGAAAAGAAUGGAGCUCCAGAAGAGGGCAAAGAGUACUCUGAAGGAGAAAGAGUCAAGAUGGGAGCAUUUGAAAGUGCCUUAGCUGCUGCCGAGGAUGAGACUGAUGUUCAGGCAGCAAAGACAGCAAAGGCAGAGGCUGCUGCAGAGUUGGCUGAGUUCGAUGAAAACAUUCCAAUUGAAGAUGGAGAAGGAGGAGAAGAACUGAGCAAGGCUGAGCAGGAGGUAGCACUGCUAAUGAAGCAGCUGACACCAGUAGAAAAGUAUGCCAUGAAGUUCAUAGAGUCUGCUGAUGAUGGUUGGGCUGCUGAAGCAGAGCGGAUGGCAGCAGAAAUUGAGCAGCAGAAGAAGGAAUGGGAAUUAGGGCGCCUGCAAGCUUUAAAGGAGGAGGAGGAGCGUUUGGCCCACAACUCGGAUGAUGAGCUUCUGGCUUACUCCUCUGCCGAUGCACACAAUCAGAAGAGUUCUCGUUCUAUGCGUACAUCUCAGCUGUUUGCACAGGAUAAUAAUAGCAAUUUUUCAUCUUUGUACUGUACCCGGUUUGAGACAAUCAAGAACAUAGCAAUCAAACGCACGCCAACCACAAAGCCUCCCCUCAGCAACCCCACACACAAGAAUCCCAAGCAUGCUCAAGUCCUGGCUGAAUCAGGAAUUCAGUAUGAUGGGCCUCUAAACCCCGGCCAGGUUGCAGCUAAUCUUGCUGAGCGCAUUCAGCGUGCAAAGCAGAAAACACAGGCAGCCCAGGAACUUGCACAGCAACAGAAAAUAUUACACCAGCAGUUG